ACUGUUUAGUCAUUAUCAAAAGCAAACAACAUCAACAUGAGAAAGUUCACAAAAAUAAUAUACCAAAAUUAUCACACUUGGCGCAUUUACGGCUGAGCGCGAAAACAAAUCUAAAACGUUAAGUUGGCUGCGCAAACCGUUUACCCGCUUUUACCAGCACUACAAACAAAACAUAAACAAAGUCUAUCGAUAAAUAUUUUGCAAACGUAAACAAAAAACCGCGCGCAACAUGGAAGACGUAGAAAUUAAGAAAGAAAACGAAACUAUAAUUGAAGCAGAGGAAACUAAAGAUGAGGACACCAAGGAGAACCUCGAUAAAAUUACCUCACUCAAGUCCCUCGGUCCAUUUAUUGCUGCGCGCGAGAACAGCAAGAACACAGUUUACCUGAGUGAUGUUCCUUCAAUUUGCAAGGAGCAGCCUUGCAUGCUGGGCGUGGAUGAGGCAGGUCGCGGUCCUGUGCUGGGUCCCAUGGUUUAUGGCAUCUCCUACUGCCCUCUGGAGAGCAAGAAGGCACUCGUGGAUUUGGGCUGUGCGGAUUCGAAGCAGCUGACUGAGGAGAAGCGCGACAUCAUCUUCAAUGAACUGAAUACGCUGGAAUACGCCAACAGCUGCAUUGGCUGGGCAGUGGAGAUCAUAUCGCCAAAUGUGAUUAGCACCAGCAUGUAUCGACGGACAAAGUGCUCCUUGAAUGAGGUCUCCAUGGACUCUGCCAUGGGCCUCAUACAACAUGCCAUCGAUGCGGGCGUCAACAUUGCGGAGGUCUAUGUGGACACCGUGGGUCCUCCAGAGAAGUACCAGGAGAAGCUGCUCAAACGUUUUCCAAAUUUUAAAAUAACUGUGGCCAAAAAGGCCGAUUCCACCUAUCCAAUUGUGUCGGCGGCGAGUAUUUGCGCCAAGGUGACCAGAGAUCAUGCUCUCAAAGUCUGGAAGUUUCCCGAGGGAUUGGUCAUCAAGGACAAUGCCUUUGGCAGCGGUUACCCGGGUGAUCCAGUAACUAAACGUUUCCUCACCGAGAACAUCGAUCUGGUCUUUGGUUUCCCCCGUCUGGUGCGCUUCAGUUGGUCCACGGCGGAGAAUGCUUUGGCGGACAAAGCCUAUGAAAUGGAGUUCGAUGAGCCCGAUUCGGAGAAACCCAAAUAUGCAGGGACCAAGCUGACCAAGUUCUUCAAAGGCACUACGAAGACUGGAGAAGUAAAGCGCGAGGAAUGUCGCUUCUUCAAGCAGUGUCAUCUGGACAAUGUCGUCGAGUUUUAGAAUCUAAUAUACUCUGUAAAAUUAUGCAACUAAAUAUACAACUCUAUUUAUAUUAAA